AUGGAGAAGGAAUACGAUGAGCCUGAGUUCGCUCCUAUUACGGGGCGGGUCCCCACUGUUCUAGAGGAACAAGAACAGGAAGCCCUGACGCGUAUCGCCUCCAGUAAGCUUGGCCUGCAACUGUCCACCACUGCCAGUGGAAAGACACUACAACCUCAUCUCGAUCCAUCCAGUCCACACUUCGAUCACCAACGAUGGGCUCAGAUGGUCCUGAACCAAGUCAAUGAAUCCGGCAUUGAUAUUCCCCACCAAGGUGUCGUCUUCUCCAACCUCUGCGUCAGCGGUUCCGGCUCUGCGUUGCAAUAUCAGGAAACCCUUACUUCCAGUCUCCGAGUUCCAUUCCGUGCAGCUGUUAGAGGUCUAACUGGACGGGGCGAGCUUCUCCUUGUCCUGGGCCGACCUGGCAGUGGAUGUACGACAUUCCUCAAAACCAUUACUGGACAUUUGGGAGGACUGUCAUUGGACCCUAGCAGUACUCUUCACUAUGAGGGUGUCGACUUCGACCACAUGAUUAAACAUCACCGCGGAGAAGUCGCCUACAACAAAGAAGUCGACCUUCAUUUCCCUCAUUUGACUGUGGGCCAGACCCUCACAUUCGCCGCCCAUGCCCGAGCUCCCCAUGAGCGCCCCGGGGAAAUGUCACGCACUGAAUAUGUCGAGACCCUCACCCAAGUCGUUCUAUCGGUUUUCGGCCUAUCCCAUACCUAUAACACCAAGGUCGGCAAUGAAUUCGUGCGUGGUGUCAGUGGAGGCGAGAGAAAGCGAGUCAGUAUCGCUGAGAUGUUCCUGUCCCGCUGCCGCAUUGGAGCAUGGGAUAACAGCACCCGUGGUCUCGAUGCAGCGUCAGCCCUGAAGUUCGUCAAGUCGUUGCGUCUCGCCGCUGACAUGGGAAAUUCCUGCCAUGCUGUCGCUGCCUACCAGGCUUCGCAGUCCAUGUAUGAUCUUUUCGACAAGGUUGUCCUUCUGUACGAAGGAUACCAGAUCUACUACGGACCCAGAGACCGGGCAGUUGCCUACUUCCAAGAGAUGGGCUUUGAAAGACCUGAACGCCAAGUCAGCGGCGAUUACCUGACUGCUAUCACCAACCCAGCUGAACGCCGGGUAUCUCCAGGCUUCGAAGGAAAGGUGCCUCGCACCGCGAAGGAGUUCGCCGAGCAUUGGAAAAAGAGCCCAGAGUAUCGAGCUCUGCAGAAGGACAUCAACAACUAUGAAGGUGAACACCCACCGAAUGGCGGCGACGCAAAGAGGCUUCAGGAGAGCCACAAAGUGCAACAAGCUCGUCACACCCGCGACAGCAGCCCGUACCUUCUAUCUGUUCCUAUGCAGGUGCGGCUUUGCAUGCACAGAGCCUACCAGCGAAUGCUCCAAGAUCUACCGACGGUCAUGUCUCCAGUCAUCGUGCAGAUCAUCCUGUCUCUCAUUAUUGGUUCCAUCUUCUACAAUACCCCCGACUCGCCCAGUUACUUCUUCCAAAAGGGAGGAGCGAUGUACUUUGCCGUGCUUAUGAACGCCCUUCUCACGAUGAACGAAAUUAUGCAGCUUUACGCCCAACGUCCAGUCAUCGAAAAACAAGCCGGCUAUGCAUUCGUCCAUCCAUUUACCGAAGCACUUUCUAGCAUCGUGGUUGAUCUACCGAUUAAACUCUUACGACUAUCCUUCUUCACCAUUGUACUCUACUUCAUGGUAAACCUUCGUCGUGAACCGGGGCCGUUCUUCGUCUUCUACCUCUUCCUGCUGACUGCUGUCUUGGCCAUGUCCGGUCUCUUCCGUACCAUCGGCGCAUUGACUAAGACCAUCGGACAGGCAAUGUCUUUUGCUGGUGUGCUUGUUCUGUGUAUCGUCGUUUACACUGGAUUCACCCUGCCUCAACCGUACAUGCAUCCAUGGCUUUCUUGGAUUCGCUGGAUCAACCCCAUCUACUACACCUUCGAGGCACUUGUUGCCAACGAGUUCCACGGCAAGAAUUUUGAUUGUACAUCAUUCAUUCCAAGCAACCCAGUUGGCUCAUCCUUCAUUUGCUCUACGGUCGGUGCAAUUGCCGGUGAGAGAACCGUCUCUGGUGAUGCAUUCAUCAUGGAGAACUAUCAAUACCAGUACUCCCAUGUCUGGCGCAACUUUGGAAUUCUCGUCGCUUUCGCCAUCGUCCUAAAUUGUACCUACCUGCUUGCGAGUGAGUACCUCACUGAUGACAAGUCGAAGGCUGAGGCUUUGGUCUUCCGCCCUGGUCAUGCGCCCAAGUAUCUCCAGCAAGAGACUACCAUCGAGCAUGGUUUGGAAGAAGUCAACAAGCUUGAGUUGCAGCGAACCAACGAUACAAUUCGCCUCCCGGAACAAAAGGACAUUCUCUCAUGGAACAACCUCAACUAUGAGAUUCCUGUGAAGGAAGGAACCCGACGACUCCUGGAUAAUGUCAAUGGCUGGGUUAAGCCUGGCAGUUUGACCGCAUUGAUGGGUGUCUCUGGAGCUGGAAAGACAACCCUUUUGGAUGUUCUCGCACAGAGAGUCUCGAUUGGCGUGGUAUCUGGUGAUAUCUUCGUCAAUGGCAACCCUCUCGCUGCCAACUUCCCCCGUCGCACUGGUUACGUCCAACAGCAGGAUCUUCAUCUUGACUCGACUACCGUGAGAGAGGCUUUGCGUUUCAGUGCUAUGCUUCGCCAGCCUAAGGCUGUGUCUAAGGCUGAGAAGUAUGAUUACGUGGAACAGGUCAUUCAGGUUCUUGGUAUGGAAGAUUUUGCCGAAGCUGUCGUCGGAAGCCUAGGAGAAGGUCUUAAUGUUGAGCAGCGCAAGCUGCUCAGUAUUGGUGUUGAGCUCGCUGCUAAGCCUACCCUACUCAUUUUCCUCGACGAGCCUACCAGUGGUCUGGAUUCCCAGAGCUCGUGGACCAUUUGCCAGUUCCUUCGACGCCUCGCAGAUCACGGCCAGGCCGUCCUCGCUACCAUCCAUCAGCCUAGCGCACAGCUGUUCCAGACCUUCGAUCGCUUGCUCUUCCUCGCCAAGGGAGGAAAGACCGUCUACUUUGGAGACAUCGGCGCUGACUCGUCCACCCUCCUGAAGUACUUCGAAGGACACGGAGCCCGCCCCUGUGAACAACUUGAGAAUCCCGCCGAGUAUAUCCUCGAAAUGGUUGCCGGUGACUCGUGUCCUGAAAUUGACUGGUCCGAUGCCUGGAACAAGAGCCCCGAGUAUCAAGAAGUCCAAGCCGAAGUCCACAGACUUCACAGCAGCCACAAGCCAUCCGUCCACGAACCAUCCCUAGACAACGAUGACGCAGAGUUCGCCAUGCCUCUCAGUAGCCAGCUUUACUACGUCCUUGAACGAGUCUUCCAACAAUACUGGCGCCAACCAGAAUAUGUCUUCUCCAAACUAAUCCUGGGCACCGUCUCCGGCCUCUUUAUCGGAUUCUCAUUCUGGGAAGCCGACAACACCCAACAAGGCUUCCAAAACGCUCUCUUCAGUAUUUUCCUUCUCUGCACAAUCUUCAACACCCUCGUCAACCAAAUCAUGCCCCGCUUCGUCGCCCAGCGCUCCCUCUACGAAGUCCGCGAACGCCCCUCCAGAAUCUACUCCUGGAAGGUCUUCAUCCUCUCCCAAAUGCUAGUCGAAAUCCCCUUCCAAGUCAUCCUAGGAAUCUGCUCAUGGGCCUCAUUCUACUGGUCCGUCUUCGGCGCAGACCAAGACGCCGAGCGCCGUGGCCUGAUCCUCCUCUACAUCGUCCAAUUCUUCAUCUACGCUGCCAGUAUGGCCCAGCUCGUUAUCUGCGCGAUUCCCGAACCAGCCCUGGCUAGUAUGCUCGCCACACUCAUGUUCGGUCUCUCGUUCGUCUUCAACGGUGUCAUGCAACCACCCAGUGACCUCCCCGGCUUCUGGAUCUUCAUGUACCGCGUCUCGCCAUUUACCUACUACAUUAGUGGUAUCGGUAGUACAGCCCUGCACGGCCGCAAAGUCGAGUGCAAUGCUGCUGAGAUGAGUGUUCUAAACCCGCCUGCUGGCCAGAAUUGUUUCCAGUACCUGAAUGAGUACAGCAUUGCGGCUGGUGGAUCGCUUUCAAACCCCAAUGCCACUGAGAACUGUCAGUAUUGUUCUAUCUCGUCGGCGGAUCAGUAUCUUGCUGCCCGUGAGAUUUACUGGGGUGAUCGCUGGAGGAACUAUGGUAUCUUCUGGUGCUAUUUCAUCUUUAACAUCCUUGCUGCUAUUUCGCUCUAUUACCUCUUCCGGGUGAGGAGCUCCAAGGCAAAGAUAAAGAAGGCUUGA